AUGCUUCGCUCGACUGCGCACACUGUGCUGCGGGACGUGCGCCCCUUGCUUGGGCGCCGUUACAUGGCGGAUUGGAAGCCUGCAGUGCAAAGCGGCAAGGUGCCUGUGUAUGACGAAGCGCUCAAGUUCGUUGCUGAGGAUGCAGCAACGCUCGGCAAGCGGCACGAGCAAAUCCAACGCACCACGGGCGAUCCGAAGGAGAAGCGCGCGAUGCUGGAUGCACUGGAGAUUGCGCGCGAGAUCAAUAUUCCGUCGGUUCGUGCGCAAUUUGCACAGGGAGCAUACGAUAUGCAAAAACCCGUGUUUCGGCAUUUGCGCGAGCAGGCAUGGCGUCGGGGCGGCGCAUUGGAGCAGCUCACGGAGCGCCUCCAAUGCAUGCAUGUGCUGCCGGAUGUAGUGCCUGAUUUUACGCCCACGGUGGACCUCCAAGUCAGUUUUGGCGAGGGGGAAGGGAUUGGCGACCACGGCGGGUCGGGCGGCGAUAUCCUUUCUGGCGUUUUCUUGGAGCCAGAGCAAACUAUGGAUGAGCCACAGAUCUGCGCAACACCGUUCCAUACAGACGAGCGCAUGUAUACCGUGAUGAUGGUCGACCCGGACGCGCCUCAUUCAGAUUCAUUCCAAACGUACGUGCACUGGAUGGUCACAAAUGUGCCGCUCAGCGCGACAAAAAACACUCUUCCACAAAGUCACACCCCAGCAUUGUCAUACAUUCCGCCACACCCACAGCAGGGUACGCCAUACCACCGGUACACGACCCUGCUAUUCGAACAAUGUGGGAGCGAGGUGCCUGCGAUCUCGCGCGAACAAACUACGCUCCAGGAAGUGCUGGAGAGGUACCAUCUUGUAUUGCGUGGAAUACAUUUCUGGCGUGCGCGCUGGACGGAAAAGAAUAAGGGCGUGAUUAACAAGAUAUACAAGGAAAUCUUGCACAAGGAAGUGCCGCGCUACGGGCAGCUGCCGCGCGAGGAUCGUUUGAAGGACGAUUUGGGCGUACGUCAUAGCAAGUACUACUAG